GUAAAUACCAAAUAGGGAUUAAAAAUCGUAAUUAUACCAUUACCCUAAUCAUCCAUGUUAACUUGACUACAACGCAAUAAUUAGUUACUAAUCACCAAAAUUAGUUACUAAUCACAAUAAUUAAACCACUAAACUCAAACGAAGGAUGGAAAAACAAAAAACCCUAACCCUAAUGUAAGUAUAUAAGGCAAGAGAAGCCACUUUUUCUCUUCAGUUUCGCUCGUUUCUCCUCUCUCAAUAACAAUUUCCAUCUUCCUGAUCACGUCUUUCACUCUCACAACUUUUUGAGAUUCUUUUAACUCGAUCACCAUGAGUAUGAAUCAUCUCCCGGUCACGGAUUCAGGUAAGGAUAUAUGGUCGAAUUUGUUUUUACUUAUGGAUACUGCGGUUAUGGUUCAGGAAGAAGAAGAACGUCGUCGUCGUCGUAGAGACGAAGAUAGCGAGAAGAGUUUCUUCUAUCUUUUCCCGAGGAAGAAAAGGUCGUCUUUGGUGAAGAGAAGAUACAAACAACAAAACCCUAAUGGGGUUUCUAUGAUGUCUUCUUCUUCAUCGCUCGAUGAUCACGAGACGAAAAGCACACAAAACCCUAGUUAUGAGCCUGUGGUGUAUGAUGCGGAGCUACUACGUGCAAAGAAGGGGAAAUCUAAGAUUGUCUGUGAAGAUUACGACUACCGCGGAGAGAGUGAUGAGGCGAAGAGACACUUUGAGAAGACCGUGAAGAGAUUGGUAAGAAACCUAGGACGAAACUUGGAUGAUCUUGAUGGGGCGUCGUCUUCUAUGUCUUCAUCGUUCCUGAACCAUCGUUGUUACAAUUCCCCUUCGCUUCUCCUCGGUUACAACUCGGCUAAGUCUGAGAAGACAGAGACGAACGACCCUAGUUACCAACCAUGCCUAAAGGAGAACACAACAAGCCGCAAGAGGCGUGCCGUGCAGCAGAGGACGGAUACAGAUGCACCGGAGUGGAUUUUUCAGGUGAUGAGAAGAAUGAGAGCUGAUGCCGCAAACCCGUUGCUGAUCUUUGAAAGGGGUCUAACGCCGACUGAUGUGAAAUCAUCUCAGUGCCGUCUCUUAAUCCCAUGCCAGCAGCUAAUCAGAGACGAUUUCUUGACGCCGGGGGAGUAUCGAGCCAUAAAUAAAGAGGAAUACAUCGAAAACGACGAUGAUACUAUCGGUGUGGGAACGAUUCUUGUGAACCAAGGAUGUGAAGAGUGGGGUCUGCGUUUCAAGCUAUGGCCGAUGGAGAAGGAAACUGGACUUGGAACCUUGAAUUACGCUUUGAACUGGGCGUGGAACGAUGUCGUCAAGGGUAACAACUUAAAAGCCGGGGACAAGAUCAGUCUUUGGACUUUCAGGUGCCGUGGAGUACUCUGCUUUGCUCUUGAGACAUACUAACCUUCUUCCUUAAUUUGGUGUCUGAUAAUGUUUGAUUUGUCUCUUGAAACGAUUUUAACUUGAUUGAUCUAGUUUAUU